CUACCAGGGGUACACAUAUCACUAGUGAUAUGUGUGCGGGGGUACACAUAUCACGGGGGUACACAUAUCACUGUGACACCGGGUCUUCAGUCAAAUAUCUCCAUUUUGGACAGCGAAGUAGUUUCUGAUGAUCCCAAACUCUAAUCCUGUUGUUCAGGCUCUUUUAGGGACGUUGUUUACAUGGGGAGUAACAGCUCUUGGAUCUGCUCUCGUCUUCGUUUUUAACAGCGGACAGGUAGGAUAAGGUUUCUGUGUCCCUCUACAUGGCUCGAAGCUGUAACUUUCAGCUGAUCUUUCGCAUUUAUGUCAAUCGCGAGCUUAAUGAUAAAUUUAUUUUUACUAUUUCAGAGAAAGGUUCUCGAUGCUAGCCUGGGAUUUGCCGCGGGGGUAAGAUAGAGAUUGUGAAACUACGAUAUUUUAACCAUAAUCGUUUUAAAUGACGUGUUUAUCUUAGAUAAACAUCAGAACACGUAAACAGAUCUCCCAAAUUUUAAAAUUAAACAUAUCUCAGCCCUGUUAAAUUCUUCUGAUAUUAGAAAUGAUAUUAUGAUAUGAGUACAUUUAUUUUGUUUUGAGUCAUUAGUCUUGGCCAUUGGUUAGAUAAUAAUUGUUAUAAUUUCUUUCCAAUCAUAUCUUUUGGUACAUCUAAGCACACCCAUAAAUUGCAGAGGUUAAUCAGAUUUUAAGAACUUAUGAUGUGACAGUGAAAUCGUAGUCACAUUCAAUAGUUAUUUCCAGGGCUCAACGUUUUGAGUUUCACUGCAACCUUCAUUUUGGCUAUCCCAAGUUUAUGUAUUUUGUGCAUGAUAUCUCUAAUAUCUUUGAUUGUUUCAAUGUAGGUCAUGCUGGCAGCUUCAUAUUGGUCCUUAUUAGCCCCAGCCAUAGAAAUGGCAGAAACUUCAGGAAGUUAUGGAGAAGGUGGCAAGUUUGCCUUUGUUCCAGCAUCUAUAGGGUUCAUUCUUGGAGCAGUAUUUGUAUAUGGGGCAGACAAGCUUAUGCCACUUCUGGUAAUUAUAUCGCAGUAAAUAGAUACUUGUAUUUUAUUGAUUUAGUUGUGAACACAACUCUAUUUUAGCAUCAUUCUCCUGUUUGCAUCAAUUUUUAAUUUGCCAUAAUUUUCUUUUUCUAAGGGUGUGGAAUCAUCUAAUUUUGCUGAGGCCCUAACUGGUGAUUUUCAGAAUGGUAAUGCAUGCAAAGAGAAGGAAUCAAAGGAUAACAUCCAUCACACAGAAAUCUCCAUCCACAACUUGUCACACAACAGAGAUACAUCACAGCUUACACAAAGAAAGAAGGACUAUUUACAUGAUUCUAGUAAUAAAGACAUUGAUCAUGAAGGACAGAUAUCAAAAGAGCAAAAAGCCAGCUGGAGGAGAAUUUUAUUAUUGAUCAUAGCAAUUACUGUUCAUAAUAUUCCAGGUAACAUUUUGAAGAGAACACCCAAUAAUAUAAUUAUAACAUAGAGAAUUGAUGGCCAAGGAGGAAAAUCCAGGCAUGCAACUCCAUAACACAGGAUUUUAGUUACCUUUUGGACAGAAAAUUACAAGUAUGUAAUGUUUUUUGAUCUAGUGGUACGUGUUGCCUUCUCUCAAGGGUAGUCACUUCUGAAAAACUGCAAAAAGUGACAUUUCUUGACAUCACUACAGUACAAUCAAUUUUUAACAUUGUAAAUAUGGCAGACAAACUUUCAUCAUGACACUAUUUUCAACUGAAAAGGAUGAUGAUUAUUCUUAGGGCAGCUCUAGAGGUGGUCAAAAAGUUUCUUUUAAAUGUUGAAAUUAUACUCUUUUGCAGAGGGUCUGGCUGUUGGAGUAGGGUUUGGUGCCAUAGGAAAAACAGCUGCUGCAACCUUUGAAAAUGCAAGGUACAUAAAGAUUUUAAUUAAACUUUAUUAUUCAAAAUGUAAGUCAAUAAGAGGUUCCUCUUAAAUUUUCUUCUUUUGGGAACUCAACUAUGUGUCUGUUGCAUACUAUAUCCAGGAAUUUAGCAAUAGGCAUUGGAAUUCAGAACUUUCCAGAAGGACUUGCUGUUAGUCUCCCACUUCGAGGGGCAGGAUUUUCCUCAUGGAAGAGCUUUUGGUAAGUGUAUGUUUCUGAUUAUCAUCAAUUUCUAGCAUGACUUUAGGUACAACUUAAAAGUCUGAACAUUUAUCGUGGCUGGCUUAAACCUUUAACUCUUGCAAGUGAAUAACACAUGUUAUAUGUAAUUUCUUUUUCUUCUAAGCCUAUUAGCUAGAGGGAGCCAACUUGAACUGAAACCAAAUAAUCUGUGGUCUAAUUUACAUGGAAAUGUAUUCCAGUCAGUGGGGAGAAUUGUUGAUUACAAAAUCUCUUCCAAAUCACAUUUUCAUUAUUCCAAUGCCUACAGCAGGCACUCAUGUUAAUAACUUAAACAAUAAUUGUCUCUAAUUUCUGUAGCUAAGCAUGUUUACAUUUGACUAUUGAACUUUCCUCACCUGCUUUGCUUUGUCAUAAAAUAACAUUCAUUUAAUAUUUUAUUUGAGGUAUGGUCAGCUAAGUGGAAUGGUAGAACCAUUAGCUGGACUUUUUGGUGCUCUUGCAGUAGUGGUGAGUACUGGUGCCAUUUUUCAAGAAACUAUCAGUAUGUAUCCAGCUAUAUUUGGGUUGUUUUGCUGACACAGAAAAGUUUCUUUCAGUGAGAGAAUAGCUCAAAAUAGAUAGUUUGCAAUGGUGAACAACCCCCAAAACAAUAAACUAAAAUACAACAGGUUGAUUUAUGAACAGCAAGACAGAGCUACAUGAAAUAAUCUGAGGAACAGGCAAUAGCAAAUGUUGCUUGCAAACCUAAAAACGGAGCAGCUAUGGGAAGCCAUGUUUCCACAGUUAUAGCUAACAUCUACAUGGAAAAGUUUGAGGAACAGGCAGACGGGGGAAAUCAAAAUGUCGCGAUCAGUAUCAAAAGUGACUCUGUCAUGAGACAAAUGAACAAAGUUCAUUUCCUUAUAAACUAGGAGUUUAAAAGAUGGCAUUGAAGGGAGACAGAGAUUUAAACUAGCAAACCUAGAAUAUUUUUCCACCAAAUUUUUCAAAAUGUCCAAACUAGUAACAAAUUUGGUUCAGGCCUUGUUCUUUUGUGUCAACAUUAUCUACAUCAUGUGCAAUGCUACUUAAUAUAUGGUUUGCAGUUAUUGACAGUGCUUUGCUUACAUGAAGCUAAAAUAUUGCUCUCAUUUAUGUGUAACAGUGUGACUUAUUUAUUAUACUCUAGGUUGCUGAGCCCUUGUUGCCAUAUGCUUUGGCAUUUGCGGCUGGUGCAAUGGUGUAUGUUGUAGUUGAUGAUAUCAUACCAGAGGCCCAGACAAGGUUUGACAAGAGUGGUUCUUUAUAUCUUAUGUGAUACUGAAAAGUUUUUAAUUUCCACAAGUACCAGUUCUUUUUGCCUAGAAUAUAUUUCUCACUCUAAAAAUUGGAAAGUUUGUAGUCAGCUCCAUACUUUAAUUUGCAACUGAUUGAAGUUUUGUAGGUUUAUGUAUUAACUAAACACUGUAUGAGAGAAUUUUCUUUAAAAGACUUGUAGAAAUACAAGGCUUACUGUAAUUUGAAAAAUGAAACGAAAUGAAAGGUAAUGAAAUGAAAAUCGGUAAUUUGCAAAAUGGAAAAUACUAAUGAUUUGCAAAAUAGAAAUUGUAAAUUACAGAUUUUCAUUUUGUUUCUUUCCUUUCGCUUCAUUUCGUUUUGCAAAUGACAGGAAGUCAAAUACAACAUAACUGUAGCAUGAUGCAAUAGGUAAACUGCCAGAGAGAUGGUGACACCAUUCAUAAAUCAUUUAAAAAGAAAGGUUUAAUUAAUAAUUUUUUACUUUUUUUUGCAGUGGUAAUGGACGGUUAGCUUCAUGUACAACUAUUGUUGGUUUUGUAGUAAUGAUGUCUCUAGAUGUUGGGCUUGGAUAAGAAUAUUACUUGUGAAACCUUCCGUAAUAAAAUUAAUGUAUUUUAUUAGUUAACAAUCAUGACCAUAGAGUAGGCAUUUGGAACUGCAGAAUGCUUCCUUAAUUUAGUUAAAGUGUUUUGUAGUUUAGAAAAACAAAACAAAACAAACAAAAAACAAAAAAAUAGAGAAAAUAAUCAUCAGUGAUCAAGUGUUUAUCAAGAAUUUAUUUUUCACAUCCAUGUUUAUCUUAAUAGUCCCUACACAGAAUAAAGAGCUCCAAUCUAAGACAGUCAUUUGUGCAAAAGACUUAAAAGAGACAUCACAUCAAACUUGCAUCCAAGUGAUUUUUUGCAUAUAUUAAGUGUGAUAAAAGGCUUUUUUUAUUCCAUCACCUGAUAAGUGGCAGGAUAUUUUGCAGUUUCAUUUUGUUGUACUGGUGGUGCAGCAUACUUUGCCAAACAAAUGCAUCAAACUACAAUUUUGAGUGACUUGGAGUCUCAGCUCUCUAUUGAAAGAAAUACAGUCAAUUAAAUCACACCAACUUUUUACAAACAAAAAUUUUUGAUAAACAGUUAGUCGUACAUGUUGGAUGGAUAGUUUAUAAGAUGGGUUGUAAUGUUCUAUACAUUUUCUAGCUUGGGAAUAACAAAUUUGUGAAUGUUAAAGGUGGCUGCAAUUUCCAAAAGGCCAUUUUACAGUUGUGUUCUUAGUUGCCAAGCCUUUGAUUUGGAAUGAGGCUGAAGGUGACCUUGUUGUGAUGGAGACAAGUAUCUAGUUGGCAUGGUAACAAAGUAAUAGACCAUUUUUAAUAUGUUAAAAUUCUGACAUGGCUCUGAGGUAAGGGGGAAUGAAACAUAAGAAAUAAAUUAUUUGUCUCUCAACCUCGAUGUGAUUUCUUGGAAAUUACAAACUUGUGAAUGUUAAAGAUUGCUGCAGUUUCUAAAGGCCAUUUUACAGUUGUGUACUUAGUUAACAAGCCUUUGCUUUAGAGUGAGGGUGAAGGUAACCUUGCUUGGGGGUGCAUAAUAUUUCUCAAAGCCAAGUUUUUAUUUUAAUAAAUUGAAAAUGGCCUAUUUACAUUUAAAAAGCAGCAUUGUUUGUAUUAGAACAAGGUCACCCUUUGCCUCACUCCUGUUCAAAGGGUUGGCAACCAAGGGUGCAACUUGAAAAUGGACAGCUAAAAACAUAGCCAAGACAUGUAGUGUUGUCACUCAAAAAAAAAAGGUUAAUGUGUAUGUACAUCUCUGUGGAUUUCCAGUCGGCUUUCUUAUUUCCAUUUUCAGUUCAAAGAGAAAAAAAAAAGUUGUUGAGAACUCUUUUUUGUGAUCUUUUUUGUCAUAUCAUUGGAUCUACUUUCCUCUGAGGUCGAGAU